AGCGGGUUCACGAUGGAGCUGGGGGCAGCAUUCACAGUCCUGGUAGCGUCUAAGGUGGGUCUCCCCAUCAGUACAACGCAUUGCCUCGUCGGCUCCGUCGUCUGCGUCGGCAAAGUCAGGGAUCCUCAACGGGGAAUCCAAUGGGGUCUCCUCCGGAACAUCGUGAUUGCGUGGUUCGUUACGCUGCCUGCAUCUGCAGGUGUGAGUGCUCUCAUCAUGUUCAUUCUCCUCAACGUCUCCCCCUGAACUCACCUUCAUUGCAUCAUUCCAGCUCAUCACCCCUCUUCAUCUCCGGCAC